GUUAUCGCAUCGUGCUGGCUGCUAGAGCCAUAAGGAUUGUUCGUUUUCGCUGUACUGCUGAACUAGUGCAAUCAGUUGAAGCGAGGCAAAUUUUCGCACUUCAACUUAUUGCACCAGUUAAGCGGUACACAGCGGACAGACCUCUUCUAUUCACGUGUCGAGUACUCGAAGUGAAAAAGUAACCCUCAACACUUUCGAGGCAGCGACGGAGAACAGCGAGAACCUGCAUAAAAUCGACAAAAUGGAAGAGACGCUAAAGGAAUUGGCUGUGACACUUUAUGAUAUUCAAGCUAUAAAAUUUGGAGCAUUUACAACAAAGAUUGGUUUGAAGACACCGAUAUACUUUGAUCUCCGAGUCAUAAUAUCCUAUCCAAAAUUCAUGUCUAGAUUAACAGAAAUUCUGUGGAGACCUGUCAAAGAUUCUGCAGAAAAUGUGUCUCAAAUUUGCGGAGUCCCGUACACGGCAUUGCCACUAGCUACGCUGAUAUCUGUAGAAAAUAACAUUCCACUGUUGAUAAAAAGAAAAGAGGCAAAGUCGUAUGGCACAAUGAAGCUGAUUGAGGGUGUGUAUUCACCCGGCGACAAUUGCAUAAUUAUUGAGGACGUUAUAACGAGUGGUAGCAGCAUCCUAGAGACUGUAAGUGUCUUAAGAAACGAACAGUUGAACGUUACACAGGCGUUGGUGUUAAUAGACAGGGAGCAAGGUGGUAAAAAAGAACUGGAGAGUCAUAAGAUUAAGGUAAAGAGCCUGUACACUGUUACGACAUUGAUGACAUAUCUCCUAGAGGCCGGCAAAGUCACACAGAAAGUCGUGGAGGACGUGAAGAAUUACCUGAAAACGAAUCAAGUGCAAAACAUUUCGGUUCAAGGUGUGCCAGACGAUAGACUGAAGCUACCAUAUUGCAAACGUGCCAAACUAGCUAGAAAUCCGUUGGCCACGACGUUACUGGAACUAAUGGACCGGAAACUAACCAAUCUCUGUCUGGCGGCGGACCUCACAAAAACGGACGCGAUUCUGGAGCUGGCGAAUCUAGCAGGACCUCACAUCGCCGUACUGAAGACUCAUGUUGAUAUCGUAGAGGACUUCAGCGAGAGCUUUGUGCGACAACUAAAAGAGCUGGCGAGGCAGCACGAGUUCCUGCUGAUGGAGGAUCGCAAGUUUGGCGAUAUCGGCAACACGGUCACGUUACAGUACAACUGUGGUAUUUACAGAAUGUCUACGUGGGCAGAUCUGGUAACUAUGCAUCCGGUUUCUGGUAAAGAUGCCCUCUACGCACUGAAGAACGACCGGGACACCACAGAGCCGCGUGGUGUCUUCCUGGUCGCUGAGAUGUCGUCUGAGGGCGCAUUAACCAGUGGUGAAUAUCUGAAGAGCGCGGUGUCGAUGGCUGAGGAAGCCGGCGACGUGGUGGUAGGCCUCGUAUGCCAGUCAAAUCUCUCCUCGCAGCCCGGCCUGCUGCAGUUGACACCCGGAGUCAAGCUAUCCAAAGGCGGCGACAAGCUCGGUCAACGAUAUAAAGAUCCACGGUCCGUCGUGAACGCCGGUGCCGAUCUGGCUGUUGUCGGUAGAGCUAUUACGGAGGCGGCCGACAAACUGGCGGCCGUUUUGCAAUACAAAAAGCUACUCUGGGCGGCGUACGAGGAACGAACUCGGAAUCUUUACGCGAAUACGUGAUUCGAUCUAGUAUAAGUGCGAGACUUCAAAAUUGUUGCAUUUUAUAUAAAUUUAUUGAUUUAGAAUUUUUUUAAAAUUAGACUUUUGUAUUACUAUCAUCAUGAAAGAAUAAUAUAUGUAUAUAAAAUAUUAGAGGCCCUCGGCCGGACCACUCAGUGGGUAUAUUAUAUUACAUUGACAUAAUAUAAAUAAAGGAAGUUACCUA